UCAGACACCAAAAUAGAGAAGGAUGUUGAAAGCAUACAUCCAUUUUGCGUUGCAUAAGCCGGAAGUAAAGGAAGAUAUUUGAUCCCGUGUAAGUUGACAUCAGGAUAACAACACGUGUAUUCUUAACUUGUAUUGAAAACAAGCUAAACCUCGCUAAACGGCAAUGAAAAUAUAACUAAACGUCUGUUCCGUCUGUUAAGCACAUGUUCUUUCUCAUAAGCACCUGUUCUUUCUCUUGAGCAUCUGUUACGUCUCUGAAAUAGACGUCUCUUAAACAUCUGUUCUUUCUCUUAAGUAUCUGUUCCGUCUCCUUAUCAUCUGUUCCGUCACUUAAGCACCUAUUCUUUUUUCUUAAAGACCUCUUCCUUCUCUUAAACACCCCUUCUCUUAAAACAUCUGUCCUCUCUCUUAUAGAUCUCCUUAAGCAGCUUUUUUCUUCUCUCAAGCACCAGUUUCUUCUCUGAACCCCGCCUUCUUCCAUCUUUCUCUUCCUAUACAUCUCCACCGUCUCUUACCACCCAUUCCCUUCCCUUAAACACCACGUCCUCCUUUUCAUAAACACAUCUUCCUUCCUUUUCUUAUACACCCCCUCCCUCUCUCACCACCAGGACUCGGACAACAAGGAAGAGAGGUCGAGGGCCAACUCGUCCUUGUCUGAGGGCGAGAGAGAGUCAGACAGCGGCUGGGAGAAGAACAGCACCAAUUGUUCGGGUAAACGCGACCUAACCCCCUCCUUGAGUCGUGCACACUACACCUCAGCGACCACAGUGUUCCCCCCUCCCGAUGACGACUACAUGCCUUAUGUGGACUACACCAGGGACUACCUGAGGGUUCCCGUGAGUCCCACUGACUCUAGCGCCCACUUCCAGAUCGGAGGCCCCUACAGCUGCUACACGCCGGCGAGCGACCAGCCUUCGUCGCUUCCGUCGUCUGAGUCUCUGCCCCCCUAUACCUUACAGCCUCAGCCCACCACCGACUUCAAUGGGGACUAUACGAACGGCCGUCACCAUCCGCCGGCGAAUAGUGACGCGGUUAUGGUGAACGGGCGGCUCAAGCACGCCCUCCUGCAGGACCUGAAGAAGGAGCUGAAGGGGGGGGUGCCCCACGACCUCAACACGGGGGCGUUACAGAGCAAGUACAUUAUUCCUCCGCAGACGAAGAUCAAACCGGGGACGCUAGUGUAGAAAAGAAAUAAAUUAUAUGAUCUCCUAAGCUUUCCUAGUUGUGUAAGGGACGUUGUUGUUAUCAUCAUAGAGACAUGGAACCAUUGCCCAGAACAUGUAGCAGAAGCAAGAGCUGGAAAAUAUGCAUCGCAAACUCUUCGGAAGAUUAGUAACAGAAAAGUAUAUAGAUAAACUUUAAGAACCCUUUUGAACAAUAACAGAAAACUAAAUAUCAUGAACUCUUAGUACCAUAAAACAGAAACAAACAAAAUAUAUUGUGAUUUUUCUGAAAAUAAGAGCAAAAUGAUGGAAUCUUCAAGAACAUUAUGUGGAACAAAGCGAUGAAAAUACAUUGCGCCUCAUGAACUCUGCAUGCAAUAUCAUAGCUAAUCUUCAUGUUACACAAGUGUCCAAUAACCGAAUCAUUAAACCAAAAAAUAAGACAUUUUUAAUAUCAAAUGGAGAUUCGGGAAAUUGGAAAACAUUUACGAGAUAUUACCACUGAUCAUCCUUCUUUCAUCCGCAGUAGACAAAAGAUUUUAUUUGUAAAUAGAUAUACAUAUAUAAGUCAUUGGUGAUACUUCCAAGUUAUGAUGAGUAUGAGAACAGCGUUGUUUUGCUGUGUCUUGUAAGGCUCUGAUUCUUCAUAUCUGUGAUAUCAGUUCUACUUGCGCCCAAGUGUUGGCAAGAACCAAAUAUUGUGUGUGUGUGUGUGUGUGUGUGUGUGUGUGUGUGUGUGUGUGUGUGUGUGUGUGUGUGUGUGUGUGCACAUACUGUAUAUAUAAUAAACUUGCAUUCAGUAUGGUUGCCUAAGUGUGUGUACGUGUGUGUGUGUGUGUGUUAUAUCGUAUGCGUGUUUGUGUGUAUGUGGUUGGGUUUGCAUGUGUGCACGAGAGAUAACGCGGAGAUGCACGCGACUAAAAAUUGCAUGCUGAUAAAUUUAGUAAAUGCAUUUUAGAUACCAAGCUGAUGGAAAAAAAAUAUUGUAAAGGGUAAUAUAUAUAUGUAUAAAUAUAUAUAUAUAUAUAUAUAUAUAUAUAUAUAUAUACAUAUGUAUGUAUAUGUAUGCAUG